AGCGGGGUGGAGAGCAUGACCCAGGAGAGUUCCUCCUCCUCCUCCUCCUCCACGUCCUGCUCCACCGCUCGUCCCCCGCCCCCGCCGCACGCCAAGCCGGAGCCCAUUUACGCCCGCUCCACCAAGAUGAAGAAGACCGCCAGCGCCCCCGGCGGCCUCGGAGCUCAGCCUCAGGGAAAGGACCCGCUCAACACUUCGACAGGCACCUACGAAGUGACAUGGCAGUUCGGCCCUCUGCCUCCUCUUCCACCGCCACCUCCCCCUCCACCUCCGCUCAAGCUCUGUACCCACGCCACUUCCACCCCCUUUCCCCUUUACGCUAGCAUGGGACCCGAGGCAUCUUCUCUCGCCAGCCAGCCUGCCAGUCCAUCAACCCAGCCGUGCCAUAUGAGCAACCCGGCGUCCAGUGCCAUCAACCGAGUACCUCGACUCAGUAGCCAGCCAUCGUAUUCCACAAAGCACGUGUUCCGUUCCCCCAGCCACCAAGCGCGGUCCACAAACCCACGUUCCCAUUCCACCCGGCCGUGCCAGUCCACUUGCUCCACCAACCAGUCUCCGUGCACCGCAGACGACAUGUGCCUUUCCCGCCAGCCUCCCCCCCCUUGGAAGCAGCCCCCACGCCCUCCUCCCAAGCCGGCGCAUCCCGCAAGCCAGUCCACCGGGGCUCGCCCCUGCCUGCCCCUCGCUCGCCCCUGCCUGCCCCUCGCUCGCCCAAGCCAGGCCACAAACAAGCAACCCAGUCAUUCCGUCGCCAAGCCUUCUCAGCCGGGCGGUGGGCAUCCUCCUUCAGCCCACACUCAGAAUCUUGACCCAAACGAACUGCCUCCCCCGCCCCCUCCCUCGCCCCCGCCCCUCGUCCCUGUCCGCACUUCGAGCAAGCGGCCAAGCGGCGUGGCAAAUUUCCCAUCGCCCGCAUCUUGGAAACUGCCGACAUGUCGUUCGCGGAAGGAGACGGAUAAGAAUGUGGCUCGUAAUUCAGAUAAAUGUAACAAGCAAGUUGACGCCCCAGUUUGUGAACAAGACUCGCAGAAUUACGUAGACGUUCGAGAUGCUUCGGCCCUGUGCGGGUUGGUGGUGAGGGCGGGGCUCAGCACCCACGACUCGGCCGUGGGGACUUCGGGCAACGUCACCCAAGGCCCCGAGGAUGGCGCCCACGAGGCAGCGCUUGGCUCGAGAUUGCCCGUGUGUGCUUCCAAGACAUCCUCAGCCUCACACAUGGAGGCAAGCGUCUGUCGAGACACCAGUGAUAACACGGGGACCGGAACGCAUUCGCACGAUUUCGAGGGCCUCAGCUUGGACUCGACAUUGGCUUCGUGGCGGUGGUGCUCGGCGUCCAAGGAACGAGUGCGAGCUCCUUCGUGCGGAGACUAUGAGGAGAUGUACUCCAGCCAUAUGAGCUCCGCGGCAUACGCCAUGGCCAGGACACCCAGCGAGCCCUCGUUCUAUGGCGUCGCCUCCAGCUCCCUCGUCAGCAACACCUCCAGCAUAUACCACGCCGACGCCGAGGAUACGCACGAAGGGUCCCUGACUCGUGAUCUGCGGCAGUACCUGAACACACGUUUCCAAAAGGGUAGCGUGGACCAUGAGCUGCAGAACACCAUCCGCGACAACGUGUACCUGCGUACUGUUCCAGUGACCACCCGGUCUCCACGACAGGGGGAGGUCAACGGAGUCGACUACACUUUUCUCUCGAAGGAAGAAUUUCGUGCCCUGCAGAGAUCCGGGAAUCUGCUGGAGUCUGGCGUCUUUGAGGGACAUGAAUAUGGGACACCAGUACCAUCCCCCAUAUCAUCCGCCCUGCAGCAGCGUCACACUGCAGAGCGCAUAACACGGCAUAGGUUGCGCUACAGGAUGCCAUCGGUCACAUCACAUAACUCCUCUGAAACAUUUCCAAGCCCUGUUAUGGAACGAAGACGCCUUCCUCCGCUCCUUACUCCCUGGAUGGGCAUGCGAAGGGGAAGAGCUGCAUUGCCCAGUGAUGAUGCCCCCCCUAGUGAGCCCCAAAGUGAACCAGGGUUAGAUCCAGAUGCACAUACAGAGCCUUUGGAUGGCAACAACCUCUUGCGUUCUUUUUCUCUGCCCAUGAAACAACCAAGAGCAGGAAAGUAUGGCUCAGACAAGAUCAAAACUCUUCCAGGAAGAUUGUUGAAGGGUGUUCAGCGCCCUUCACUUAGAGAACUAAAUCGAACUUUUAGUGCCAAUGAAAUUAAGGAAUACUUUAUUAGGAAUGGAAGCCAACGCUAUCGUAUGGGUGAAAAUGAAUUACGUGGCCAAGCUUACAUGUCCAGCAAGCAUGAAACAUCAUUGCCAAUUAAUCAUUCCACAGGUACCUUUACUCGUAGGGCAUCUAGUCGUGAUAAAAAUUCUCCUAUGCGUAAAAGUAAAAGCUUAGCAUCCUUUUCAGUAGAUCCAGAUUACAAAUCUAUGCCAAUUAGUUAUCUCAUAGCUCAGACUCUCCUUACUCAGCCUAAGCAGAAAACCAGGAGAAGAACGCUGUCAGAUGAGUCUAUAACAGAAGAAUCAGACCUUGAGUCUCUCUUUGGUGGCAGUGAAGAUGGUGAUACUAUUGUUGGUAGUGACAGUAAUACUGAUAGCACAUCUGAUGACAGUGAUACAUUAUCUAUUCACAGUGAAGUCCUUACAAAUGUUCACAGAGUUUAUGAUAGAAAACCACAAGCAACAUCUGUAGACCAUAUUUACUGGAUUCCUAAUGUAAAAAGUAUAUCUGCUGAUAAUCUUUCUCUGCUAUCAAAUGAGGAGUCAGUAGACCCAGUUGUGGUUCCAAAUAUUCACAGAGUUUAUGAUAGAAAACCACAAACAACACCUGUAGAUCAUGAGGAGUCAGUAGACCCAGUAGAUGCAAUCCCUAUUUUUCCUAGUAGACAAAAUAUUGACCAGAACACACCGUCCUUUUACACCACUGUAGUAAGAAGCAAUCCUAAUCCACCUGCACCAGAAAGCACUUCUACUGAAGUCUGUUUAACAUUAGGCAGUUGCUUCCCUGAAUUUCAUCAUGACGUCCUCAGUUAUGAUGAAGAGGUAAAUAACAUAAUUGGUAUUAAUCAGGAGGAGACUUUGUCAGACACCAGUGAUUCAGCCUUCCUUUCCACACCCCAGGCAUUAUCAGUGUCUCCAGAUGGCACUGCAAUGGAGACUGCAUCAUAUACAGAUAGUGACAUUUCUAGUGUUAAUUUGGAUGAUUUCAUGUAUGACUCUGGUUUUGAAAAGCAGUCUGAUCGGUGUGGGAGUUCAUCUUCUGGUAGUGUAAAUAUUUAUAGAGUUAAUCAUAGCAUUCAGGACACAGAAACUAGCAAGUAUGUUAUGAUAUAUGAUUCUUCAGACAUCAAAAUCACAAGUGUAGAGAAGCCACCACUACCACCUAGAAGUUCUUCACUAAAAAAGUAUUUGGAAAUUAACACUGUUAAUAAAGAGGAAUUAUUGGAAAGACAGAAUGAGGCUAAAAAAAGGAUUACAGAAAAUAUAGUAUCAAAAGAGCACAAAGCUGUUGUAGAAAAAAAUAUUGGACAAAAGAAUCCAUCUAACCAAAAGUCUGUCUGUGGUCCCUCUGCAAUGGAUGUUCAGUGUCCUGCCAAAGGAGCAAAUGUCAGCCCAGUUACAGAUGGAUGUUCAACUGAAAUGGAAUCAGAUAGUUUUUCAGCAUAUGAAAAUUCAGGAGAAGAUUUGAUUGAUCAUCCAAAAAUCAAUGGUUUCAUAAAACAUGGAAGGACUUCACUAAAAUCAAGCAGUAAACAGAUUCAUGAACAUCCACAAAAUAAAUGUGGGCUUAUUCCAAAAUCUAACCGGGAUACUUAUAUCAGACUUGUAAAUAGCCUCGAGAACUUGUAUGUUAAGAAGGCUGGAAAUAAGAAAUGGAUCAAGGAGUCUGAGGUGUUAGACUUUACUUUGGAUGUAAAUUCAAGUUCUGAUAAGGUAGAUAAUCCACAGAGUUCAGAUGUGAAAAGUGGGCUUCAACAAAAUAACAGUGUGAUUGCUUCCAAAUAUGAUGGGAAUGAGUUUACCAGAGUUGGGAAUAAUCCAAAUAGUUCAGAAGUUAGAGUUGCUGAUAGUAGAAAGGACUCCAUCUCAUCCUCAACCUCAUCUGCUAGGUCAAAUGAAUAUCUUAAACCUAUGAAUGAUCUAUCUAUGUGUUCAGCAUUAUCACAGGAGGAAGCCAAUAGUAAUGACAAACAAAAAAAUUGUAAGUCACUACCAAUCAAAACUCCAAGAGUAUCAAAAUCAAGACAUUUUGCAGCUGCCAAUAAUUUUCCACACAUUGAUGCCCAAGGAGUUUUGGAAUUAAAAGGGGUUGGCAGAGUAUAUUCUAAUAUAAAAGAGGAUAAAAGUCCAAACUUUAAUAUCAAGGGAAGAAAAGGGGCACAUUGUGUGCCUGCACCACCACCACAGAGAACUCUUUUCAUUAGUAGAAAUGCACCCACGAGAUUUAGUGUAGUAAAAACACCACAUGAGAGACAAAGGCGUGCCAUACAGCAACAAGGUAAUAGGCUCCGAAAUUCCAUCAGAUCUAGUUUAAAAUCAGCAAUGGAAAGUAGACUGUCAGAUGAAGAUAAACGUUCCCCAAUUGUUGACAGAAGAGACAGUCCAGAAAAUGAAAGAAAGUUUAUUAAUAGACUGUUAUGGCAAACUGAAAACAGAAAUGAAUGGUGCAGGUCUCUUGGUGCAGAUCAUAGAUUUUGGUCAUCAGGGGAGUCUUGUUACAAUGCACAAUCAGGUAACCAUUACGGUACUCCAAAACCCCCAUCAUUACCUCCGGACCACCUGUCUCGGGGCCCUGCAGGUGCAGCAGUCUUACCUGGAGCUCACCCAAGCUCAGAAGGUAAACGACGACGCAACCGCUCCAAUGUAGAAGCCAUGGCUGCCAACACCACCAGCACAGAGCCUCCACCUGACUCACCCAAGCAUCCUUAUCCGCCGGGAACACAUUACAGCCCUCCUGGCAUGCACCAGGGGAUGGUGGCAGAAGAGGGAGGCAUGCAACUACAGCCUCCAGACUCUCCAACAUCAGGAGAACUUGGUCCACUUCCUUCCAACUGGGAAAAAGCAUAUACUGAAAAUGGGGAGCCAUAUUAUAUAGAUCAUGUGGCUGGAACAUCUUCCUGGUUGGAUCCCAGAUUAGCUCGUGUUCAAAAAAGAAAUGCAGAAGAAUGUGGGGAGGAUGAGUUGCCAUUUGGGUGGGAGAGAAUAGAUGAUCCUCAGUAUGGUACAUACUACAUUGACCAUGUAAACAGAAAAACACAGUAUGAAAAUCCUGUUGUCAUGGCAAAGAAGCAGCCCAUGGAGCAAGGAGGUGGAAACAGUCCAGCAGAAGGUGGGAACAACACUUUCCCUCGCCAAAAGAAAACUGCAAAUGAGGGCAAUAGUGUAGGAGCCCCAAACACAUCUGAUGGCCCUCAGCCUCCUCCUGGUAGUGGCCCUAAACGUGCAAACAGUGAGUGCGAUCUAAAGUCCUCCCACACAGGGCUCAUGCUGUACCUGCCCUGUUUACCGUGCUUGGCAUCAGAAGGCAAAGACUCUAAGCUGCAGGUGCAAGCGCAGCAAACGUAUAUUCGGGUUCACAACCGUAUGGACAAGAACUCCCUCCCUCGUCCUCGCUCUCUCUCUCCCAAUCACAAGCAUCCAGAUAGUUCUCAGAAACAUUCAAACUUAAAUUUUCGACAAAAUUUAACUAUUUCUGGCCCUAUGGAUCCUAUACAUAUAGCUAGUGGAACACCUCAUAAGGCAAACAAUCUCUCACAAAGUCCUCAGGUUUCAAAGCCAAACAACUUAGCCAUUUCUCCCAAUAAUUUCUACCCUCCUGACCAAAUCAGUUCAGCCAGUAAGCAAAGUAAUGCUAGUAGAAACCAAAAACCAACACUAAGUCAUGGAAUUCGGAAUCAAGAGGUGAAGAAUCCAACCUUCAAUCAAACCAUUGUCCCAAAUUUUGCCAAGCCCCACUUUCCCAAUUACCAAAAUCUUGCUCCCAAAUCGCUUCGCCUCCGAAUACCUCAAGCCUCAUCGUCUCCCAAAGGACCAAUGCCAAUGUUCAGUAGUCCUUACAAUAGCCUCAGGUAUAACUAUAGCACAGGCUCCAGUCCUCUGCAGUACAGCCCGAGCCACAAUGUAAGAGGUAGCCCUCCCCAAUUCCCUACCCCAGCACCAUACCCUCUCACUAGGUUCUUGUCAUCACCACUACCAAGCACCCAGGAUUUAGCAUAUCCAGUAAUCCAUCACCAAAGAUCAUACUCUAGCUAUUACCCAUACUCUGUCCUUACUCCCUCCGCCUCCCCCCUGUACCGUCCAUCGGAGGACCCUAUAGUAUCGGCAGUCAGCUUAAGAAGGAAAGACCAUUCAGGCCAAGGUAUAAUAUUCACCCGUAACCCAGCAGAGCUGCAGGGUGAAUUUAUCCGCACCAGCUUGGUAAAGUCAUCACGAGGGUUGGGCUUCACGAUCGUUGGUGGUGAUGACAAUGAAGAAGAGUUCCUGCAGAUCAAAAGUGUAGUCCCAAAUGGCCCAGCAUGGCAAGAUGGAAAAUUGCGCACAGGCGAUGUUCUGGUCUAUGUGGGUGACACCUGUGUUUUAGGUUAUACCCAUGCUGACGUUGUGAACAUGUUCCAAAACAUAGACCCAGGUCGCACUGUGUACCUAGAGGUCUGUAGAGGUUAUCCUUUGCCUUUUGAUCCCAAUGACCCAAAUACUGAAAUUGUAACCACUGUAGCUGUUACGACUGCUGAUGCAAGAUCAUCGAAGUCUGGCUUUUGUGAAGGCUAUGAACGAUCGAGAAACAAUUCGAGCGAGAGUAUGAACACAGCGAAGUCAAUGCCAGACUUAAGUAAUCCUGAACGUGUUCAAGAAGUACCCCGACCAGGGAGUGCUGAUCUGCUUAGUUCUGAAAAUUUUGAUCACACACCUGAUAUUUUAGACUUUUAUCCAUCAGCCUUAAGCAAACCUGAAUAUCUGACUAUACCGAUUGUAAAAGGUACUAAUGGCUUUGGAUUUACCAUAGCGGACAGUGCAUAUGGACAAAAAGUGAAAAAGAUUCUAGAUCGUGUUAGGUGUAAAAACUUGAUUGAAGGUGAUAUUUUAGUUGACAUAAACAAUAUAAAUGUGAAAGGAAUGAGUCAUACAGAAGUGGUGCAAGUCUUGAAAGACUGUGCACAAGGGCAGGAGGCAGUUAUCAUGGUGCAAAGAGGUGGGCUUAACUCACCAACAAAGUCUCGAGGGAUUCGCAAAGAUCAAACUAGCCCUAAGAAAUCAGGAGUUGCCAGUGGGCUUUUCAGAAGUAAAACUCCAACAGCAGAUAUGUACAGUUCACAACCCAAGGAAGUGAUUCCAAAUAGACCUAAGACUCCCCUUGUAGAUACUCGAAAUCGACCGAAGACCCCAAAUGUCAUGAGCAGUGUUGAUAUCAGCAACACAGUUGAUGGGAACAGGCAGCUAGAAGGCAACAUGGAUUACCGACCCCCCUAUACACCUACCUCAGUUCAUGCACCAUACCCAGGUGCAUUCUCUUAUACUGGGGGACAGGGAGACUCCCAGUAUGACUCUAAGGUCAACACCAUGUCUGCACAGAUGGGACAAGUCAGCCUGGAGCAGAACAACUACGAAAAUUACAUUGGAGAAAUGAAUCGUAAUGCUGGCCAGGAUAGUCAAGGUGAUGGCCAGGUUCCCCCACAGAAUAGUUAUUAUUACCACAAUGAUUUAUAUGCUCAGGAUGGAUACUACCAACAGCAGGCUGACCAUUAUGAGUAUGAUAUGAAGAGAACAAAUGCCAAGACACCUACUAAGGAAUACGUUAACCAGGGAUAUCCUCAUUAUUUACACUACAACAACAACCUUUCCAAUACAUCAAACCUUAUAAAUAAUAAUCAUAAUACUAGCAUGGAACAAAAUUCUGGCUAUGAUUAUAUGCAAUAUUCCAAAGAUGGCUACGAUCUACCCCGACAAGACUCUGGCUAUAGUUCACAGGCUCAGAUUCCUCCUGCCAGGAAUCCUUACCCACCUUUCCACGGCCAGAACAACUCGGCAGGUUAUAAUAACUCUGAUGGCUUCAACAACCAGGCUGACAGUUUAGGAAGAAGGAAAGAGUCCACUAGUUUUGAGUAUGAGCAUCCAGCACCUGUUAGCAUGCCUAGAUUCCCUGAUGGGCGAUACAGUGUGAAUCCUCGUGGUCCUCCUGUUGGUUCUAACGACAGUCUAGGGUACAUGGAGUUUACUGUAACACUCAAGAGACAAGAGACUGGUUUUGGUUUUAGAAUUGUAGGAGGAACUGAAGAGGGGUCUCAGGUAUCCAUUGGCCACAUUGUCCCUGGUGGAGCAGCUGACCAAGAUCGUAGCAUUUGCACUGGUGAUGAGAUAGUAGGUGUCGAUGGUGAAAUGGUGCUGGGAGCAAGUCAUCAUCGUGUUGUUCAGCUCAUGUCUGCCGCUGCCACACAUGGACGAGUCACUCUUACUUUAAGACGACGUACACAAAACCCCUCUGAACUUCAUAAUAGAUCAUUGGAAAUGCAGUUCCCUUAUGAUAUACAAGUCACAAGAAGAGAAAAUGAAGGCUUUGGCUUUGUGAUUAUAUCGUCAGUCACAAAGUCUGGUUCCACUAUAGGUCGCAUCAUAGAAGGAAGCCCAGCAGAGCGUUGUGGUCGCCUUCAUGUUGGAGAUCGCAUAUUAGCUGUCAAUGGGGUAGACAUCAAGACCCUGCACCAUGGCCAUAUUGUCAACCUGAUCAAGGAGUCGGGCUAUUCAGUCACACUUACCAUCGGCCCCCCCAGGGAUGACGCUUCGAGUACCACGUCCAACUCUCAGCGGAGUUCUCAGGGGUCCAUGAUACUGGCUCAGGCCACGCCAGUGUCGACCCCACAAGUCUCUGGUGCCCCGGCCCAGACCUCAACCCAGGCUGAGAGUGAUGCUGGCGAUGAUGGCGAGUAUUACAGCGUAGAGCUCCAGCGUGGAACCAGAGGAUUUGGCUUCAGCAUUCGUGGCGGCAGAGAAUUCCACAAUAUGCCUUUGUUUGUUUUGAGGAUUGCGGAAAAUGGACCAGCAGCAGAAGAUGGAAAACUCAAGGUUGGUGAUCAGUUGAUGGAAAUCAAUGGCAUGUCUACGAAGGAUAUGACACAUGCAGAUGCCAUUGAACUGAUAAAGCAAUGUGGAAACAGUGUCUCUCUAAUGGUGAAGCGUGGUGGGAAACUCCCUCAGCAUUUGGAUACCUUAAAUCCCAAUGCCUUGGGGUCACCUGUGGGUCCCCCACCCCCUGGGACCAACAUCCGCUCCACAGCAACUCUCCCCCAUCCCUCCCCAGGUUCAUAUCCCUUACCACCAGGUCUUCCAGCUCCCCCAGGACCACCAGGACCCCCAUACUCCUCCCAUGGUGGGUAUCAUCCCCCUCCCAAUGCCACAAACAGCUAUCCACCAGCCUAUCUUCACAAUGGUGCUGUGCGCGGCCCACAGCCUCUACACUCUUCCCCAGCCACUCAGUAUCCUCCUCCUCUAACCCCAAAUGGACCACUCAGCCAGUCAUCACCCAGAGUUAUGGCUGCAGAAAAUUAUUACUGGAACCGUGUAUCUGACCACAGACCCAUAUGAGGAGCCUCUCUUCAAAGAAAGAAUCGGAGAACGGUCUUGCAGUAAUAGUCAUGAAACUCAAAUGCACUGUAAGGUCGUGUGUUUGUGUCUCCCCCCUCCCUUUUGUUUCCUCUCUCCAAGGUGUACUCAUUGGAACUGGACCAGGAAGAUAAUUACCAUUAUUUAACCUGGGUAUCAUGCAGUCUGCUCAGUGCCUCCAGUGCUCAUGUGGGACCAGAUAUUUUCAAAAGGUGGCUGCAUGUCUCAUGAUUCUGAAAAGCAUUUCAGAUGAAAAUUGAAAUGAUGGCUGUUUUAUUGUGAUCUCUCUCUGUCUUCUGUUUCAUUACAGACUUUUUUUUUCAAAUGUCUAGUGAAAGUUUUCUGAAAGAAAACUUUCAGAAUUAGGCAGAUUUUUUCUUUUUUUUAUAACUUUGUUAACAUUGAAACUUGAAGAUGCUUUUAAACUUCAACUACUUUAUUUAUUUGUUUUUUUUUUUUUAUCAUAAUUUUUGUAGGUACAGGACAGUGACCAAAGUGGCCUUUUAUACAGUAGUUUGACCAGUGCUCAAUGCAUUUGUGUUUGUCAAUAUUUAUGAAGUUCAGCUUGUGUAGGUUUUUCAUAAGAAAACAGAUAUCUUGUUUAAAUAAUGGCUAUGCCAUGUUUUUAUGCAUGUGUACAUAAGUAGUAAAAUAGUUUAGUUUGGUUUACCUACAAGAAGUCUGUGAAGGGUUGAUAAAACAAUUUUGAACAAAUUUCAAAGGCAGUAUUAAAAGAUUGAUUAUAUGUUAAGUGAGAAGUAUAACUCUGUAAUUAAUCACUGGCUCACACACUGCCUUGGAUCAAAAGCCCACAAAUGCCUUAUAAUGAAUUGUAAGUAUUUGGACAGUUAUAAGAAUAUUGUAUGUAUUCUAAAGGAUUAUAUUAUUUUGAUUAUCAGGAAGGUCACAUAAUUACUUGUGAUAAUCCUGUGUAUUAUAUACCUUGUUAAUAAAUAUACAUGACAAGAUUUUU